CAUGCAGAUAUUUCAGUUUGUUUACUUCGCAAUGAACGCGUUGUAUAUAUAGUGCACGUAUUACCCUUUAAAGCAAAAUUUAAAGCAAAAAUGGAAAGAGCGUUUUCUUAAAGUCGUUGGGACUGGGUAUUUACCAGGUGGGUAUGACAACGGAUGUUGACGCGGUUGUGAUCGGUGGUGGCACUUCAGGGGUGGCAACUCUGAAAUGUCUCUUGGACGCGGGCCUCACCGCCGUUGUUGUUGAGCGGACAGCUGAUGUUGGGGGACUGUGGAAAUUCAGAGAACAUGACUAUGGCGUCAUGAGCUUUACACAUGUCAAUGUUUCAAAACACAACUACUGUUUCUCCGACUUUCCUUUCCCCGACGAUGUUCCGGAUUUUCCGCACAACACAAUUAUGGCGCAAUACAUAUCCGAUUAUGUCGAUCAUUUUGGUUUAAGAGAACACAUUAGAUUUCAAAAAAUGGUAUUGAAAGUUGAACGGGUAGAUGGCAUAUGGCUAACGCACAUCAAACACGUUGAAGAUGAUGGCAAAACUGUUAAGCAGUCGGAAGAUGAAGAAGUUAUCCGUUCGAAAUUUGUUGCCAUAGCUUCUGGGCAUCACGCUAAACCUAACAUCGUAGAGUUUCCUGGCCAAGAAACCUUUACAGGUAAAAUAGUCCACAGCGUGUCAUUCAACGAUGCCAUGUCAAACGGGAUUACGGGCUCACGGGUGUUGGUUGUGGGUUUAGGUAACAGCGCGGUGGACAUUGCUGAACAUUGUGCAACCGUUGGCAGGUGUAAGCCAGUGUAUAUAAGCAGUCGAUCAGGGGCGUGGAUUGCACCAAAUUACAUAUUUGGAAAUCCGCUUGACCUGUACGCCUGCAGGUUCUUAUUUAAACUGCCAUGGAGACUACAGAAUUUCAUCGCUGAAACUGUUUUAAAGAUAGUCUUUGGAGAUCCAAGAAAAUGGAACUUAAAUCCCAACAUGAAGGCAUUAUCAACACAGCCAACAAUAUCUUCCACGCUCGUUCACCACAUACAGAGGAGAGAAAUCGUGCUUGUUCCGAAUAUAGAGAGGAUUGCGGACAACAAGGUGAUGUUCAUGGACGGGACGCAGGCGGAGUUUGACAACAUCAUACUGUGUACAGGCUACAAGAUUGAUCUCCCCUACUUGGAAGACCGGGUCAGAAAUGUGGUUCUGGACGACGAACACAAUACAAUAAAGCUGUAUAAGAGCGUAUUCAGUCCAGACAUAGGCCGUUCCCUGGCGUUUAUCGGAUUUGUCCAGCCGUCAUCUGGCGGGGUGAUACUGAUGUCUGAAAUGCAGGCCCGAUGGUUAGCUGAGAUUUGCAAGGGUCGGGUCAAACUGCCAAGUGAACGAGAGAUGAGAAGCGCCAUGGAGCUGGAAAAGAAACAGAACGCUUACAAGUACUACAACUGUGCUGGCCACACCAUGCAGCGAGACCCUUUGGUGUAUAACGACGAUAUAGCGGAGCUGAUAGGGGCCAAACCCAGCCUCUUACGGUUCCCUGGUCUUGCUUGGAGACUAUUGAUGUCCUCUUGCGGUGCUUGUCAAUGGCGACUGCAAGGUCCAAACAAGUGGGUUGGCGCGAUAGAAGCCGUUAAGAAGGUUCCCAUGACAGACUUAAUGAACUAUCUUGGAUUGACCUUGUUUUUUGUUGGCGUUGUUCUACUAUUGUACAUCUGUAAAGUGUUUGUUGAUAUGUGCUGGACCUAAGUUUUAUGAUACGUUUCGUGGACCAUAAAUUCCGGUAUCGGCAGAUAAAAACAGUCUAUACGAUAGUGAUGUAUCAGUUAUUGUGCUUGUCAACUGGGACUUUAUUUAUGUUUAUUAAUAUAUUUAUAGUGAACGGCUAAAUAGCAUUUUGCGCUGUGAUAUUCUUAGACGUGUAAAUGUAUGUAAACUAUUGAAAGCAAAACGUGCUCAACUUUUCAGUGAAAUUUAUGUUCACACCGUCAUGUUCAUCUGCACUUUGCAGUUGAUUGUUGUCCCUCUCUUGCGUGCUCUGAGUAAAAGGCACUACGUCAACAAUGAUUUUCUAGAAUACUGUGCAUAAACUGCAAAUAUAUACUUUAUUUCAUAGUUUGAAAUAAUUUAUUUGAAAGCCCGUCUGCAAGGUUUUUGGUCGUCAAUGGUCAAAGAAUCUACCAGAGUGGUGGUAUUUUGCCCGUAUAUACGUACAUAUGUCACGCCUCCAACACAAAUGACGCAACGCCAUUGGUCCAAGACUGGUCACGUAGUGACCCCAUAAUUCUUCACUUAUCUUUAUACAGUACCAAAAUGGCGUCGAGUUUGUUCCAAUUCCGAUAAUUAAAUGAAACAUUUCCCCAGAUAGUGUUGGUGUCUUCAACAAUGUUAACUGGUUGUCGACGUGAUAUACACGCUACGGGGUUAUAAUAUGUUGAUAUAUGAUGGUUUCCCUUGUCCCAUAUAUUCCAUAUCGAGUCAGCUACUAACUUAUCAUGAGUAAGUGUCGAUAUAUAUGUUAAUAAGAGUUUCCUGUUGUAAGGUUUUUGGGGCAGUCUUUCCUUAAAAGAAAGGUGCAGAAAACACUGUGUUUCUAUCUUAUGACACGAUAGAAGAUCAUAGUAAAUCUUUCAGCAUUCACCAAUCAUUUAAUGUUUUGCUUUUUAAGCUAUUAAAUACACGGUUACAAUCUUGUUAUCAGUAAUUAAUAUUUUCCAUAAAUGCAUUAUUCAGUAAGUAGUUAAAGGUUUAUCUCUCAAAAUUUAUGUUUGUUAUACAUGUGUAAGUAUGUAUUGAUUUUGAAUAAGAGUGUCACUUUAAAAACAACAUAGCUGUUCGUUAGAAGUUUAUUCACAUUAUCAGUGAAGAUUGACCGAUUUACAUAUCACAACAUAUGGUUAGCUGUGUU